AUGGGCGAACAGCUACCAGCAGGAUGGGAGGCGAGAUGGGACCAGCAGAACCAGGCGUACAUCUAUACCGAACAAUCUACCGGACAGCAACAAUGGGAGGUCCCGACUCAACCUUCCUUCCCGUCGCAGGACCAGUCGUCUGCGCCCCCACCGCCCGCGGCAGCUCCAUCCGGUAAGGCAGGGAGACGGCAGUACCCCACCGCCCAGCUCCAGUCGAUGUACACCGCCCAGCCUGGUAGCUUCGAAUAUCAGAACCAGGGCCAACAGCCACAGCAGCCGCAACAUCAGCAGCAGCAGCCGGCGUAUGGGGACGCUAGCCUAUCCUCUGCGGCGCCUAGCUUCUUCACCCCGGGGAUGGCGGGCGGCGAUGCGGGUGCGGGGGCGCAAGGCGGGGCAGCGUACCCUCAGCAGCCGAUGCAGCAGCCACAGGGUGGACAGUUCCAGCAGUAUGGCGGUGGCGCGCCGGUCGACCAGAUGUCGAACCAAUUCAACCAGAUGAAUAUGGCUGGCGGCGCGGGCGGUUACACUGGCGGAGCGCCCGGUGCUGGCGGUUUCGAGCAAAAGCAAUUGCACGCCAUCAACACCAUCAACCUCAUCGGUAUGCAGCCGGACGUUCGCGGCCUCGAAGCCCCUCCCCCACCCUACCUCAUCCCCCAAUCCGCUUCGGUUACGCAAAGCCCCUACAACCAGCCUGAUCCAUCCUACCAGCGCUGCACGCUCACCACCAUGCCCGCGACGCAAUCCCUCCUCAACAAGUCAAAACUCCCCCUCGCACUCGUCAUGGCGCCGUACCGGUCCGUUCGGGAGGCCGAUGGCGAUAUGCCCGUUCCCGUCGUUGAGGACAAUGUUAUCGCGCGGUGUAGGCGGUGCAGGGCGUACAUCAACCCCUUUGUCACAUUCAUCGAGGGCGGAAAUAGGUGGAAGUGCUGUCUGUGCGGACUGAGCAAUGAGGUGCCGCAGCUGUUUGACUGGGAUCAGGCGGAAGGGAAGCCGGCGGAUCGGUGGGCAAGAAAAGAGCUCAACCACUCGGUGGUGGAGUUCAUCGCGCCCACAGAGUACAUGGUCCGACCUCCUCAACCCCCCGUCUACGCUUUCGUCAUUGACGUAUCCCAAGCGGCGGUCCAGAGCGGUAUGGUCGCCACUGCCGCUCAGACCAUUCUCGAAAACCUCGGAAACCUUCCCAACGCGGACAACCGCACAAAAGUCGCCUUUAUCGGUGUCUCCACCUCCCUCCACUUCUUCUCCCUCCCUCCAGGCGCGACAGAAGCGAGUAUGCUCGUCGUCAGCGACCUCACCGAUGUCUUCCUCCCUAAACCCGUCGACCUCCUCGUCAACCUCACGGAAUCGCGGACGGCGAUCGAGUCGUUCCUCGCUCGUCUCCCCGAGAUGUUUAGCGACUCGUUCACGGUCGGGAACGCCCUGGGAUCGGCAUUGCAGGCGGCGCACCAGCUCAUCGGGAAGAUUGGUGGGAAGAUCAUCGCGCUCACUGCGUCCUUGCCUACCCUGGGCGAGGGGGCGUUAAAGGCGCGAGACGACCCAAAGCUGCUCGGGACGAGCAAGGAGUCUUCCCUCCUCACCUCGGCGUCAUCGUUCUACAAGUCGUUCGCGAUUGAGUGCUCCAAAGCUCAAGUCGCGGUCGACAUGUUCCUCUUCUCGGCCACCUACACGGACGUCGCCUCCCUCUCGUGCCUUCCCCGGUACACGGCCGGUCAGACUUACCUUUACCCCGGCUUCAACGCGUCACGCCCGGAAGACGCCAUCAAAUUCGGUACCGAAUUCGGCAAGGUCCUCUCGCAGCCACUCGGGCUCGAGGCCGUCAUCCGUGUCCGCGCGUCUCGCGGUAUCCGGAUGUCGGCCUUCCACGGUAACUUCUUUAUCCGUUCCACCGACCUUCUCGCGCUCCCCGUCGUACCUCUGGAUCAGAGCUACGUUAUCGAGCUGCAGCUUGAGGACGACCUCAAGGGCCCGGUUGUCGUCCUCCAGACGGCCAUCCUGCAUACUACAUGCUAUGGCGAGCGUCGGAUCCGGGUCAUUACUCAAGCCAUGCCGGUCACGGACACCGUCGGGGAGUUGUACGGCUCGGCCGACCAGGUCGCUAUUGCCACGUACCUCGCCAACAAGGCCGUCGAGAAGAGCAUGAAUGGCUCCCUCGACGACGCGCGGAACGUCGUCACCAACGCCCUCUCGUCCAUGCUCUCGGUCUACAAGAACCAGGUCACCUCGUCCGCUGGCGCCUCGGCCCAACUUGCCAUCCCCGACAAUCUCAAACUACUCCCCCUCCUCGCGUGCGGUCUCGUCAAGCACGUCGGACUCCGCGAGGGCGCCUCCAUCCCUCCCGACCUUCGCUCCUACGCCCAAUGCCUACUCACCACCCUCCCCUCCCAAUCCCUCAUAUCUUACAUCCACCCCCGCUUCUACUCGCUCCACAACAUGCCGCCCGACGCGGGCACGAUCGGGGAACACGGCGUCAUCCUGCCCCCCACACUCAAUCUCACGUCGGAGCGCCUGGAGCGACACGGUCUCUUCCUCAUUGAAGACUCGCAAAAUAUCUUUUUGUGGGUCGGGCACGAGGCGGUGCCCCGUCUUGUCCAGGACGUGUUUGAUCUGCCCAGCUACGCGGAUCUGGUCGGUGGCAAGUUUACGCUGCCGGUCUUGGACAAUCCGUUCAACCAGCGCGUGAAUGCGAUUGUGGCCAAGACUCGCGAGCUGAGGAGGGGCGUGUAUAGGCCGCAUUUGUAUGUCGUCAAGAGCGAUGCGGAGCCGGCGCUCAGGAGCUGGGCGUUGAGUUUGUUGAUUGAGGAUCGGAUGGAUGGGAUGGGGAGCUAUGCGCAGUACUUGACCACGGUCAAGGGCAAGGUUAAUGGAUAA